UUGAGACACUUUAAGUUCUUCUCUUCAAUUUCUCAUGCCUGCAAUCAGCUCUGUCUGUUGGAUUCCAGGUAUUGCUGCCUUUGAAAUGGCAUAUGGACAAUGGGUGGAACAACAAAAUAAGAAAAACGCUGAUUUGAGAGAUGCUUUAUAUUCUGACAUUCGAGAUGUGGAAUUGAGCAGUUUUGUUGAGGAUGGCAUGAAACACUAUUUUGAUCUCUUUGCUAUGAAAGAAACAGCCGCAAGGGCUGAUGUAUUCUAUCUUAUGUCUGGCAUGUGGAGAACAUCAGCAGAACAUUUUUUAUCGUGGAUUGGGGGCUUUCGGCCAUCAGAGCUUUUAAAGGUUCUCAUGCCACAUCUUGAGCCUUUAGCAGAGCAACAACGUUUGGAGCUUUCUAACCUUAGACAAUCAUGUCAGCAAGCAGAAGAUGCCUUGUCACAGGGAUUGGAGAAACUCCACCAAUUUCUGUCCGAUACUGUAGCAGCAGGUCAACUGGGUGAAGGACCCUACCUACCGCAGAUCAGAGCCGCAAUGGAUAAAUUGGAUGAUAUGGUGAGGUUUGUGGGUCAGGUAAUAUACGUUGUUGCGACUUGAUUUUCUGAUUUAUGUGUUAUUUAGUGUGCUGUCUUUUAUAUUCUUGACAGGAGCAACCAUUAUAUCAUGACAUUCUGUUUCAUAUAGUAAUUGUAGGGAAA